UGUGGUCCCAGCAUGCUGUGCGCGGUCUGGGGUUGGAGCUUGGUGGGCGCCGGGUUCCCCGCAUCGCCCUGUGGUCCUUGUUUUGGGGUCUUCUAGGGGUCUGGCCCCUCCCGCACUGUCGGAGCCGCCUCGCCGUCGUGCCCGCCUGGGGAGGGCAGGUGCACUGUGCGCAGGGACCGGGAGCCACUGUGGAGACAAGCCGAGCCGUCAGGGAGGAGUGGGAGUGGUCGUCGGCGGGGGCCUUCAAGGUCUUUCUUGAUAAGAUUUCUGAAGAGCUGCACUUUCUCUGGUGGGAUUUGAACAUAAGCGCUUGUCCAUACGGCAGAGCCCCCAGGUGCAUGAAGCAAAAGCUGACGUAAUUUAAGGAAGGCAGACAACUCAACAGUAGUACGUGCAUAAUUUUGCAACACUUUGCUUUCUUCCGCUUCACAGUUAUUGCGUUUUUUACAAAUUGAAGGUUUGUGGUAACCCUGCAUGGAGCGAGUCUGUCGGCACUAAUUUUUGCAGCAGCCUUUGCUCACUUCCUGUCUGAGUGUCACAUUGUGGUAAUUCAAGGAAACUUUUCCGUCGUUACUGGUUACGCUGAUCUGUGAUUGGUGGCCUUCGGUGUUGCUGUUGUAGUUUUGGGGCGGUGACAGCCGCGCCCAGGUAAGGCAGGGAACUUAACUGAUAAAUGUUGUGAGCGUUCUGACUGCUCCACUGACGUGCGUUCCGUGUCUGAGUAUCUCUCCUCGGGCCUCCCUAUCCCCUAAGACGCAACAAUAUUGAAAAUAGGCCAAUUAUUAAUCCUACGAUGGCCUCUACGUGUUCAAGUGAAAGGAAGAGUCGCACGUCUCUCACUUUAAAUCAAAAGUUAGAAAUGAUUAAGCUUAGUGAGGAGGGCCUGUCGAAAGCUGAGAUAGGCCGAAAGCUAGGCCUCUUGCGCCAAACAGUUAGCCAAGUCGUGAACGCAAAGGACAAGUUCCUGAAGGAAGUUAGCAGCGCUACUCCAGUGAACACACGAAUGAUCAGGAAGCGAAACAGCCUCAUUGCUGAUAUGGAGAAAGUCUUAGUGGUCUGGAUAGAAGAUCAGACCAGCCACAGCAUCCCCUUAAGCCAAAGCCUAAUCCGGAGCAAAGCCCUAACGCUCUUCAACUCUAUGAAGGCUGAGAGAGGUGCGGAAGCUGCAGAAGAGAAGUUUGAAGCUAGCAGGGGUUGGUUCAUGAGGUUUAAAGAAAGAAGCCAUCUCCAUAAUGUAAAAGUGCAAGGUGAAGCAGUAAGUGCUGAUGUAGAAGCUGCAGCAAGUUAUCCAGAUCUAGCUAAGAUAAUUAAGGAAGGCGGCUACACUACACAACAGAUUUUCAAUGUUGAUGAAACAGCCUUAUAUUGGAAGAAGAUGCCAUCUAGGACUUUCAUAGCUAGAGAGGAGAAGUCCAUGCUUGGCUUCAAAGCUUCAAAGGACAGGCUGACUCUCUUGUUAGGGGCUAAUGCAGCUGGUGACUUGAAAUUGAAGCCAAUGCUGAAGAAAAGUCUGAAGUUAGCAGAGGCUGGUUUAUGA